AUGGCUUACACCUUUUGCCAACCAAUAAGGUGUAUUAGUUUACCAUCUCGAUCUCAUCCAACAACUCUUAAAAUUCAAGAAACUAUAAACAAAUUAAAAUCACGAGUCUCUUGUUGUUCAUCAAGAGUUGAGAAAAUUCAGCUUAAUCUCCUUAAUCUUGUAGAAUUAUAUGCUCAUUUACAAGAAUUAAUCCUUUCUUUUUCGACCCAACAAGGAAACAUUGUUGAAGAAGCCUUAGAAAGCUCGGUUUUACUACUCGAUUCGUGUAGCCAAGCAAGGGACUUAAUCUUAGUGUUCAAAAAUCAAGUAUGUGACUUACAAUCUGCCCUUCGUAGGAAGGGGUACUCCAAUAUUGAUAACGAAAUAAACAUGUACAUGAGAAUGCGAAAAAGGGUUGCCAAAGAUGUUGCGAAAAGUCUUAAGGUGUUGAAACAAGAAGAGGGAAAAUUCGGACUUAAUGCUACUUUACUCGAGAUUAAUGAUCAGUUAUUAAUGAACAUGGUUAUGAUUUUUAGGGAAGUUUAUAGUGUAACAAUUGUUGUUUAUAAGUCGAUAUUUAUGUUAUUGUCUACGAAAACAAAGACAAACGGAUGGUCAUUGAUCGCGAGACUUGUAACAAAAACUUCAGGGGAUGGUUCUAACAACAAGAAGGUUAAGGGAAUCCUUGAUGAGGUUUCUAGGCUUGAUUUAGCCUUGAAUGAUCAUACGAAAAUCGAUGUGAUGCUCGUACGAGACAACAUUGAAGCUCUUAAUGCUAGCUUGCAAGUUCUAGAGGGUGAACUUGGGAUCUUAUUUAGGUGCUUGGUGCAAAAUAGAGCGUCUCUUUUGAACAUUCUUACUCAUUGA